AUGCUGGUCCAGGAACUGGUGGACAAACUGCCUCCAAGCUAUAAGCUGGACUGGGUGCGGUUCGAAAGGUGCUCUCACGGCACUCCCCUGCGAAUGUUUACCGACUUCAUGACCGGCGUUGUGUCGGACGUAUCGUUGGAUCUUAAUGAAUCGUCGUUUCCACGGAACAAAAACGCGAAGAAGAAGGAGUUUGUGCACGUGCAUUCUGCUCUGUCCAAGGUGGAUCCGUCGCAGGGAGACAAAGCUGCCAAGCCUUGUUGGAUGUGCAAAAGGUCGGACCACAAGGCAAGGUAUUGCGACGACUUCAAGAAGCUGAGCGUCACCGAACGGAUGCAGGUGGUCGAAAAGCAUAAGCUGUGCGAGAUUGCCAGGAUUUCCGGACUGAAGCUCCCGAAACAGGAAGUGCGGUUCCAGGAGAUCAUGAUCGGCCUGGACAACAUCCAUAUGUAUGCUUCGGAGGAGGCACGUAUCGGCCGGCCAGGUGAACCGAUCGGCGUUAGAAGCAAGAUAGGAUGGACGGUUUACGGGCCGGAGAAGCAGAACCCAUCAUCGAUAGAGCAGGUCAACUUCCACACGACGGAAGGAGUGACCAACCAGGAUCUUCACGACAUCUUCCGCAUUCAGUAUGUUCUCGAAGAACUGGGGGUAUCACCGGCCGGUGUUCCAGAAUCAAACGAAGAUCGAGCUCGUGACAUACCUACUGCGAACGACCACUAUUCGCCUAAGGGGUUGACGAAGCGACGAUUGUUGGCACUGGAACGGCGUUUGGCGAAGAAUCAACCACUUCGAGAAAACGUGCAGCAGCAAAUACAGGAGAACCAGUUGAAGCAGUAUGCGCAUCUAGCGACCGAAGAGGGACUGGCCGAGUCCGAUCCGGCUACCGUGUGGUAUCUUCCGUUGAACGUUGUGGAGAAUCCACGCAAACCCGGAAAAGUGCAUCUUGUGUGGGACUGCCGCUUUCGGGAACGACGCUAUGCUUUCGGUGGCGACAUCAAAGAAAUGUAUCACCAAUUCAAGAUUAGGAAGGAGGACAAGAAUGCGCAACGGUUCCUUUUUCGAGACGAGCCGGCAGCUCCCGAGCCACAGGUCUACAUCAUGGAUGUUACGACUUUCGGGGCAACCUGUUCGCUGUGCUCCGCACAGUUUAUCAAAAAUAUAAAUGCUAGUGAAUUCGCCAGCCAAUACCCAGAAGCCGCGAUAGCCGCAAUUACGGACCUUCAUUACGGAGACGACUACUACGACAGCGCAGAUACUGUUGCGGAAGCGGUCAACCUGGCCAAGGAAGUGAAGUAUGUUCACUCACGAGGUGGGUUCCAUAUCAGAAAUUGGAGUACCAUCUCCGAAAGAGUCUUGGGGAUAACCAGGGUCACGAACGGGGAUGCCUUCAUGUUCACGGUUGCUCCAAAAAUGGCUGUCGGAAAUCGAAGCGGCCAGAAUUCCAAGAGCGUACUUCGGGAACGCUUCUUCGGAUGA